AUGUUUCGAUUUAUACUUCUUUUGGGUAUUUUGACCCUUCACCAAAGUGUUAAAAUCGAAUAUCCAAGUAAUGAAUUCAUUGAAGAACGUGUUCGAAAAGAUAUUGAUUCAUUGGAUUCAAUUCUUCGUCAUUAUCUUGUUCCCCAUGAAAUUCAAUUUCAUACAAAUGCAGUUAAAGACAAUCUACCCUACUUUUUACAAUGUAAAGGUUCGACAAAAUCAAUUCAAUUUACAGUUCCCGACUCAGCAACAAAACAUCUAUCCCUCGAUACUAAUUAUAAUACGAACACAAUCACUGCUAAAUUACGGCGAAAUCAAUUGACAUCUGACUUAAUUGGACGUUAUAUAUGCACGGAAACAGUCAAAGAUAAAAAACAUGAGAAAAUAGUUCAUGUUUAUGUCCAAGAUGGAAAAUCUGUUUUCACACAAAACGUAUAUCCGACAAUCUACAAACAAACAGGUAUUCAUUUCUUUAAUAUUCCAUGCCAAAGUACGAACUGGUAUUCACGAAUCUCGUGUCCAAAUUCAAACCAAUGCCAAUCACGUCAAUGUAAUGAUCGUGAACAACGAGUCGAUGAACUUAAAUGCAACAUACCUGUUUGUAUUGGUCAAGAUUUAUGUAUACCAGUUUAUUUUACACCGGAUAAUUUAAAACCCGAAAAAGUAUUCUUUGAUCCGCAGAUUGGCUUUGCGUUAGAAAAUCCCACCAUCGCGAAUUCCUUGAAUCAAUUUACUUGUAAGAGCAACUAUACACCGAGUCAACAGUCUCGUGUGCCGUAUGAUCCAUCUGACCCUGAAUACGUACAAAUCCAUCAACCAAGUUUAAGUAUAAUAAGUGAUGAAACAAUACGAUUAACAUGUGAAAUUCAAUAUGGUACAAAAGUGGAUCGUAAAUCACCUGUACUAUUCUGGUUCGAAGAUAUUUAUAAAUUGAAUUUAAUUUCGAACCAAACAGAUAAACCCGUUUUUAAUCUUCAGAGUCAAAUUUACAGUCGAAACACUUCGAUAACAUUACGUGGUUUUAAACCGAAUAAUGUUUAUCGAUUCUAUUGUGUACGGGUCUCUGAACAAGGCCUUUAUUCUCGUUCGAUCGAUAUCACUUGUGUUGAUAAGCCAUCACUCGAUCUCGAAGUAAAUCCAAGCGGACCAGAAUCGAAUGACAAGAUUUCCUAUGGAUCAGAUGUUGUUUACGAUAUAAGUAUUUUCACAAUUCCACGCUCGACAGUCAUCCUCGAAUUAUCACGGAAUGGCAUUUCAUUGUACAACGAUAAACGUUUCCAAUUGACACCAAUAACAAACCAAGAAAAUCAAUUCUUGGAAUAUUCUUUAACGAUUUACAAUAUCACGUUCGAGGAUGAAAAAGAUUUGAAGAUUUCAGCGAAAUCAUCCGCAUUAGCCAAGACAGUAGUAAUCAAACCAAAUAUUAUCGGUGAUCCGGUUGGUCAAUUCGCAUUUGUUCCUGAACAAAAGACUGGAUCUAUUCCAUGGCGUGAUGAAAAUCAUAAAGAUAAAAUCAACAUAUAUCCUUAUGGUGUUUCCCAACAAGAAUCUUAUCGUGUUGCUUGUACAAUCCGUCAUCGUGCCGAUAUCAAUCGACCAUUGAGAGUUUCUCUUCAUUAUUCUCAAUGUUCACUUGACGCGUGCUUGGCAAAUCUCAUUCGAAAGACUUGUCAAACUUCGUCAGAUCAACAACUAAUCAGCACAGCAUCGAAUCGUAUCACUGAUUAUGAAACACAAUUUAUUAGCAGUGCUUCUCAUGCACUUCAUGAUCCAUCGAUUGGCCAUCAGUACCUCUGUUGUUAUGAACAGAACGGAUUGGUGAACAUUGCGAAAGGAAUAACAAUUCUCGCGCACAAUCGUCACAUGUUUCAUGUUGACAAGCCCGAGUUCAGUCUAGUAACAGGCGAUGUUUUGACUUACCGCUGCGAAGCUCACGAUUUAGUUUAUGAUGAUUUAAAAAUGAUCUACAAUGACAAAUUAUUCACCUAUGAAAGAAAUCGCUUCGAUCAAGGAUGGCGUCUCAAAGACACAAAUCAAUUCAAACAGGUCGAUGUCGAUUGGAAUAUACCUGUGAAUGAAAAUAUUCAUAGUACAAUCAUCGAAGUUAAAACGCCAGUGUUGAGAGUGAUAGGUAAUAAUGGAUAUUUUCAAUGUAUUGGACUAUCAAAACGAUCAGAUAUUAUUCCGAAUGCCAAUGGAACAUACCUCAUCGAUGUUGAUGAUCCUGAACAAUUACAAUUUAAAACAAAUUUGCCAACGGUUUUACGGCUAGAUCGAAAAAGUGGAGAGAAUGUUGAAUUCGAUUGCAAAUUCGAUGGACGACCUAAACCGAAACUAGUCUGGUUAAAAGGAAAGAUGCCAUUGAAAAACGAUGAUUCAACAUUGCAAUUCAGUGAAAAUAACGGAAGUAUAUCCAUCACUCGUGUCCAACCUACGGAUACGGGUUACUAUACAUGUCAAUUGAACAACGGACGCGAUCAACCGCUUGAACGAAGCUUUGAUUUGCGAGUCAAAGGUACUAAUCCAUAUUUGAAAUAUGGCCGUUUCACUGCAAUGAUAGUGAUCAUAUCAGUUAUACUUCUUCUCCUGAUCAUUAUUUUAUUGAUAAUCUUCGUUAUCAAGUACUUUCGAAUGAAGCAUCGAGUUCAUGAAAGUAUCUUUCAUGAAUUGAAAGAAACUCCGUUGCCCGAUGACUUCGCCACUACACCUCAAAUUCGCACAUUUCUCGGUUAUCUCAAUGGAGAUAUUUCACCUGCAACAAAAGAAGAUUUUAAACAGUUGGGUCACGGUCAGUUUGGUGUUGUGUAUCAAGUGAAUUUACCUGAAGUUGGACUCGUUGCUGCUAAGAGUCUUCCGGAAACGAUACGAAAAAUAGAACACCGUCGCGAUGAACGAAAGAAAAGUCAUGAUCUUGAAGAGAACGAAAAAAUGUUAAACGAACACGAAAAUCAAAAGAAGAAAGCGGCAGAAAUGUUGAUUGAAGAGAUCAAAAUUAUGCAUAAAGCAGAGACAAGAUUUAAGUUUCUUUUCGUUGGUGGGCCGAUGCGAGAUGAAGAUUCGUUUUAUCUAAUGGAAUUGUGUUCAAACGGUUCUCUAGAAUCCAUGUUAAAGUACUUCAAUCGAUCACCAUCAGAUCGAGCAAAUCAUAACAAAUCGUCUUUAUAUCAAACAUUGUCCAAACAAAAUAAUAAAGAAAUGACUGUUGAUGAAGCGUAUGAACAAUGUCAAUUAACAGAUGAUGAUUUGAAAUUAAUUGCUUAUCAAGUUGCUUGUGGCAUUGAUUAUUUAAAUCGAAGACAAAUAGCUCAUUGUGAUCUGGCAUCGAGAAAUGUCUUGGUAACAUCGAGAUUCAUCAUGAAAAUAUGUGAUUUUGGUCUGGCAACAUGGACAACAUAUAAAGAUUAUCGCGAACAAUUGGCACAACAUGAAAGUGUUCAACUUGAAAAGAAAAGUAAUGAACUAGCUACACACAAUUUAACGCCAGAACUUGCGACGAUAUAUCUACGUGCAUCGAGUACAGGAGAACAUUUAGCGUUAAAUAAAUCAUCGAUUAAGUCCGAUGUAUGGUCAUUUGGAAUCUUUUUAUGGACAUUAUUUCUCAAAUGUCGAGUUCGUCCUUUUGAAAAGCUAUUGCAAGAAAUGGCACAGCAACCCGAUGGUAAAACAUUCUUCCAUCGACUUGCUCUAGUUAUCAACGAAGGUCGUGUUCUUCAAUAUAUCGAUUAUCAACCGGAAAUUCCUCGAAACAUUUAUGCAAUUAUUCGUGACUGUCUUGUUGAAGAACAUCGUCGGCCAGAAAUGACACAAAUACGUGCUCUACUAUGUCACUCGAGAAUGCUAUCUGAAGAAAUUUUUAACUACUACCGGUUGGAAUACGAUCGUUAUCAAGAAGCAAAUGCAACGAGUGAAAAUGUCGAACGUUUUGGUGAGGUGCAGGGUGUGGAUGUUCUUCCAUCAUUUGACGGCGAUAGUGCACGGAAUGCUAAUCAUGCCGAUGAUGUUACAUUCCGUCCGACGACGACGACAUCCGAUACGUAUUAUCCGCGCGACUCAUAUUUAACGCCUACUGCAAACUCAGGAAAAACGAAUACUAGUACAACUCCUUCUCAAACUUAUAUAAAUCAACCAGCACCAACGCGAACAACUUCAAAGCCGCACGAUCGUGAUGACAGUUAUCUGUGA